UGCAUCAUGAUCGAUAUCUUAUAUCGUAUAUUUCUAUUUCGAUAAUAUUCUUGAGAUACACUUUCCUCCGAGAGUGUACAAUGUAGGUUCGAAAAUCGUCAAUCAUCGUUGAUCAUCGGUUUCUAUCGCUGCGCGAGAAUAUAUAAAGGGGAUACACGUGUCUGUCUUAUUAGUGCAUGACAUAUGCUGAUAUAUGUAUGAUCAAUGUGAAAUUGCUCGACGUCGUGGUUAAAUCUUCUGAUAUCGCGGAAAGUCCGACGAAAUUACUCGCAAUUUCUAGUAACGUCCAGUUGUAAAAUCUGCGACGUUCUUUCACGAACGCCCUUAAAGAUCUAUAUUACAUUGAGUGUAAGAGGGAAAAGGAAAGUUGCGCGGCAUCUGUCCUCGUAGUUUUUCAUUUUGGCUGAGUCAAGAAAUCUCAUAAAAUUCUCAAUAGCUUCUCAUAAGAUUAUAACACAAUCAAAAUGGAGUUUCCAAAUUUGGGAGAGCAUUGUUCUGAGAGUACAUGUAAUCGUUUGGAUUUCUUACCAUUAAAGUGUGAUGCCUGUGCGGAGAUCUUUUGCACAGAUCAUGUAUCAUAUGCAAAUCACAGCUGCCCCAGUGCAUACAAAAAGGAUGUACAGGUGCCUGUAUGUCCAUUGUGCAAUGUUCCUAUACCGAUAAAACGUGGUGAUCCACCUGAUUUGGCUGUAGGAUUGCACAUAGAUAAUGACUGUAGAGAAAAUCGUAGAAAAAUAUUCUCCAAUAAGUGUUCUUCGAAGGGAUGCAAGGUCAAAGAAAUGGUACCAGUAAAGUGCAGCGAAUGCGGUGCCAAUUUUUGUUUAAAGCACAGGCACCCUACAGAUCAUGCUUGCAUUGGAGCGGAAGAAGCUUUGAGACUACGUAGGCUGGAAGCACUAAACAAAAAAGCUCAAACGACAAUAUCGCAGAAUAGCAGCAACAGCAAUUCACAUUCGUUUCGAAGUCUUCAAGGAACAAUAAGCGAGGAUGAAGCACUAGCCAGAGCUCUCCAAGCUUCCUUAGAGGACGAAGAAAGAAGCAGAAGAGUAUUACAACCAGUGCCUUCUGGAAACAGAGAUAGGUGUAGACUUUCGUAACAGUUUGUACAUUAUAUUAUUAUAGAAAAAAAUAUUCGUUUUCUGAAAUAUUGUUUAUUUGUAUAAAAAUAUAUAUAAUUUAUUUUUACCCAACGUACACAUACAACAAAAGUUCUAAAUUUUCUUGAUUUUAUUCCUUUCUGAACUAUUAUAUAUCAUAUAGUAUUCAUUUUUGAGCUAUUAUAUAUCAUUGUAGAAGUAACGACUUUGUUACACCUACAUGCUGUUAUUAUGUAGUGUAUAUAGAACACAACAAUAUAUUUACAAUAUAUUUAUAAAAUUGCUCACCUAGUUAAGCACAUUGUACCACAGAAUUUUGUGAGACUUCUCCUAGUAAAAUACGAAAUUUUGUAAAGCUAAGAUUUAAAAAAAAAUCAAGUGAUGAGAUAUUAGUAUAUAUGUAAUAUAUAUAUAUUGUAUUUUGAAAUAUUUGAACUAUAUACACAACAUGAUACAUCAAUUAAAAUAUUUGUCUAUAGGUAUUAUUAUAUAAAAUUUUAAGUUGCGGGGGUACAUAUUCAUAAUUUAAUAUAUCAUUCCAUAAAUCAUAAAUGUGAAUCAUUACAUUUAAUUAAAAUUAUAAAUUUUUUGGCUUGUAGCCAGAAAAUAUACUCUGCCGAACUAUAAUAAAGCUUCAAUCUAGAGUGCCUUAGUAGAUGAAGCAUAAUCCACAUUAGAAUAUGCGCUCAUAAGAAAUCUCUGUUCAUUUUAAUAAUAAAAAUAUGCAUAGAAAUAAUUUUUAAAUUCACACAUAUUAACAUUUGUAAUCCAUUUGCUUUAAAAAUUAUUUCCAAACAGUAGCUAUUGUAUAGAUUUUCACUAAUACAAAAAUGUAUACUCAGAUUUAAUAGAUUUAUAAUAUUGUCCUCAAAUGAAAUCGUCAAUUAUCGUCAAUUUAAUUAUUGUGUAUGUGAAAAUAUACAUAAUUAUUAUCAUCGUUGACAUUGUACAAGGUGCUUCUUAUUACUAUUUUAACAAACGAUAUAAAAAAUACACAUUGAUUUCUUAAUGCAAUAUCAAAAACUGUGAUGGCAGAAGGAAAUCGUGUAAAUGUAUGAUAUUUAAAAGUGUUCGCAUGUGUUACAACUUCAGCAAAGUCUUGAUAUAAAAAUUACGUUUUGACAUAUCAUAAUCUCACAGGCUUAUAAAAAUUCUUCACAAUAUACUGCUACAAAAAAAAAGGAUAAACAUGGGUAUAUAAGCUUUGUAUUCAAGAUAUUGCAUUGAUAUUGAGAAAACUGAUAUUCAUAAAUUCUGUGAUAACUUAAUUAUCAUAUUUUUAUAAAUAUACAUAAUUUUACAAUAUAUACACAACUCAGUUUUUUUGGGGUUUAAUUCUGUUAAAAGUAUAUAUAAUAAGCACUUUCUUUUUAAAUAAAUGAUAUGAAUUAUAUAUAUGAUGUGGUAUGAGUUUUAAAAUAAUUACAAUAAACACAAAUAUAUCAACAAAUAUCUUAUGAUACAUAUAAAUGCAUUGACAAUUAACACGGUCAUAUACCACAUACAUGUUUUUUGUCACUACUAAAUAUUUAUAUUUAUCGACGAAUUAUAUGCGCUUUUAAUAUUUACAAAACUCGAAAAUAGUAUAAUAUUUGAAAAUAUGUAUGUAUAUAUAUAUAUAUAUACACACAUCUACUAACUACAUAUAUACAUACAUACUCUCAUAUAUAUAUAUGUAAAUAGAAAUACGAUUUUUUACCAUUUCAAAGUUUGUUAUAUUGUUAUAUUGUACUCACCUAUGAUGUAUCAGAGAUAUUGAAAA